AUGGGUCAACACAAAUGUCAUGAAAUUCAGCAAGUCCUGCGCGUGCAAGACAAUGCCCUGCAUUGGUCCAGGAUAGAGACUAGUGGGCUACGGAGCAGCUCGACUGAGAAAGACCCGGAUAUUCUGAUGGCCAAUAGGCCAAACAUGAGCCAGCAGCAAGCCCUGGUAGAGAUGAAGCCUAACAGCAUCCUGGAAUGUUUCAUUGACCUCUUCUCCUUGCUCCACACAGAGCUGGCCCCCGAGCGCGGCCCGCUCCCGGGGGACACGCUGGACCAGUGGGUCUCCGCCUUUCUGGUGUACGCCAGCGUGGUGUGCGAGAAGCACCCGGCGCGCUGCGGCGCCAUGUUCAAGUACCUGGACACCAUCCGCAAGCUGCACGCCACGUACGGGGGCACCUCGUGGAUGAGCUACGACGAGGACUUCCGGCGGCGCGCCGCCAAGGACCCCGGCCUGCCCUGGGGCGACGUGGACCUCGACCUCUGGAUGAAGUGGAGGGCGCCGCUCAAGUCGCUCCUCAGCCGGCAUCAGUAUGCCGAGAGCGAGGCGCCCGCGCAGCCGCCGCCGCCAUCGCCGAGCCCCCAGCAGCAGCCGCAGCAGCAGCAGCAGCAGGAGAAAAGCCAGACCCCGUGAAAAGAGAAGGCCAUAUGCAAGGGCAGUCAGAUGAAGUGGCCUGACUCCGUUGGUGUUUAAGUGGAGCUCUGGUACUCUAGUGCAUUUUUACCUCUGCUUCUGUUGCGUUGCAAGCUGUGCUAGAGAAGACCUAGGAUAUUCAUUUUACCCAAUCAGCAAUUGUAACAAUGGACUACAAACCUGCAGAGCAAGCCAGUUUGCUGGAAAACAGGAAUUCCUGCAGCGCAGCACUUGUCACAGACUAUCCAAAGAGGGCAAAGAUUCAGGAAGGUGAAUAAAUUGAACAUUGGGUGAAUGAGGUCGGGAGCAGUCUCCCGGAGGAGAACUCUACCCUAAAAUACUACUUUGAAAGUAGAAACCAAUUUGAUGGGCAGAUUAACUCUUCUUAGCUGAGCAAACUCGUGUGCAAUCCUGGAUCUUUGCAGAUCACAACUGGACACUUCAAAAAUCUCUGUACUAUAUUUGUUCAAAA